CCCCGGCCCCUCUCUGGAGGUUGAGAGUAACAAGUCGGUGUCCGGAGCGGGGAGUCGCGCAUCGCGGGGUGGCGGUGUUGCUGGUUGUGUUCACGCCUCCGCUUUCCCCAGGGGCUCUGGAGAGUGCGUCAGCGGGGCAGAGGAUCCCAGCGCAGGUCCUGGCAUGUUCUCCUCGGCGAGCCCUUACAAGGGCCAGCGGUACGCGGCCCUGAAGAAGCAGUGUCUACACAGCAAGGUGCUCUUUGAGGACCCUCUGUUUCCAACCAGCGAUGAGUCGCUCUUCUUCCAGCGAAACCAAAUCGGCCGGGUGGAGUGGAAGAGGCCCAAGGACCUGUGUGCAGACCCCCACCUGUUCGUCAAUGGCAUCAGUGCGCACGACCUGCACCAGGGCCAGCUGGGCAACUGCUGGUUUGUGGCGGCCUGCUCCAGUCUGGCCUCCCUGGAAGCCCUUUGGCAGAAGGUCAUCCCAAACUGGAAGGAGCAGGAGUGGGAAACCGAGAAGCCCGAGACCUACGCCGGCAUCUUCCAUUUCCACUUCUGGCGCUUUGGCGAGUGGGUGGAUGUGGUGAUCGACGACCGGCUGCCCACCAUCCAUAACCAGCUGGUCUACUGCCACUCCAAUGACGCCAACGAGUUCUGGAGCGCCCUAGUGGAAAAGGCCUAUGCCAAGGUAAAUGGCUGCUAUGAAGCACUGGAUGGGGGAAACACAGCCGACGCGCUGGUGGAUUUCACAGGGGGGGUGUGCGAGCCCAUGGACAUGCUGGAGGGAAAAUUCUCGCAGGACGAUGUGGCUCGGAACCACCUCUUCGACAGAGUGCUGAAGGUUCACACCCGUGGGGGGCUCAUCAGCUGCUCCAUCAGGGCGACCAGUGUGGAAGACAUGGAGGCGCGGUUAGACUGCGGCCUGGUGAAAGGCCACGCCUACGCAGUGACGGACGUGCGCAAGGUGCGCCUGGGCCACGGCCUGCUGGCCUUCUUCAAGUCAGAGAAGCUCAACAUGAUCCGCAUGAGGAACCCCUGGGGGGAGAAGGAGUGGAAUGGGCCCUGGAGUGACAGCUCUGAGGAAUGGCAGAAGGUGAGCAAGGGAGAGAGGGAGAAGCUUGGAGUCACUGUCCAGGAUGACGGGGAGUUCUGGAUGAACUUCGAGGACUUCUGCAAGCACUUCACAGACAUGAUUCUCUGCCGCCUCAUCAACACGUCUUACCUGAGCAUCCACAAGACCUGGGAGGAGGAGGUCAUGCGAGGAUCCUGGACGUUGUCCGAGAACCCGCUGAGUAACCGGGCUGGGGGUUGUGUUAACCACAAGGCCACCUUCCUGCAGAACCCCCAGUACAUGUUCGACGUGAAGAAGGUAGAAGACGAGGUUCUCGUCUGUCUGCAGCAGCAGGACCAACGCAGCCACCGCAAGGAAGGCAAAGGGGAGAACAUGGCCAUCGGCUUUGACAUCCAGAGGGUUGAGCUGAACAGAACUUACCGGAUGCACCAGACCCAACAAAAGGUGGCCAGCUCCAUCUUCAUCAACUCCCGCAGCGUGUUCCUGAGGAAGGAGCUGAAGGAGGGCCGUUAUGUCAUCAUCCCCACGACCUUUGACCCCAUGCAGCAGGGUGACUUCCUGCUCCGUGUGUUCAGCGAUGUGCCUUCACACUGCAAAGAACUGACCAUCGACGAGCCCCCCCAGACAUGCUGGUCGGGGAUGUGUGGCUACCCUAAACUGGUGACACAGGUGCAUGUGGUCCGGGCCGAGGGGCUCCAGGGCCAGGAUUCUGACGGAGUUUCCGACCCCUAUGUCAUCAUCCGCUGUGAGGGCGUGAAGGUUCGCUCCCCAGUGCACAAGAACACCUGUAAUCCGGACUUUGACGUCAAGGGGCUCUUCUACAGGAAGAAGGAGAAAGAUCACAUCCAGAUCGAGAUCUACAACUGGAAUGUGGGGUGUGACUCCUUCUUGGGUCAGGUGACCCUGUCCAGCACCCCCAAUGACCUGCAGGAGACGCACACAGUCCACCUGCGGGACAAGGGGAACCGCCAAAGCAAUGACCUGCCUGGGACCCUCACCGUCCGGCUGCUGACCAGCAACGUGCUGACUAACAUCUAAUCCCCCCCCCCAUAUCAUUCCUGCUGUUUGGGGCUUUGUCCAAAACUCGCAUGUACCAACCCCUCCCUCCCCCACCAGUAAGCAGCUUCCAAGAUUAGACUUGUCAGUCUAAUUAUGUUUACAAGGGCUACACCACUGAAGUGUCCCAUUCAGGUCUCUGACCCCCCCUCGCCCCCCCUUUGUUAAGGUUCUUUUUUCCGGCAGUAACCCUACCUAUCCCCCUAUCUUUCGAGAAAAUGCCACACUGCUUUCCUGCACUUUAAAUCGAAUAGCAGUUCUGUCUUGAACGCCGUCUUGCUCUCUCCCUGUGCCAUGAUUGGUCGCUGUGUUUCCUUCACGGGUGCGUGUGGCGGGUCUUUUAUGACAAUAGUGAGCCGACAUUUACCUCUGAUGCACACUGAACGUUUCACGGGACCAAAAUCAUCAGUCGCCAUCAUCGUCGCAUCCUUCCGGUGGGGGGGGGGGGGGGGUCAUUUGGUUUCACAAACUUGGUUAUGGAUCUGUGACGGGUCUGAAGGCAGUGGAGUCGUCAAAGAGGCACUUUAUGGAUGUUUACUAGCUCUGUACCAUGUGUGGGGCAUUUGAGGGUUAUUCUGUCAGUUACUACACAUGACAUUGGGCCUAACCUGAGAGGGGCGUGGCCGGGAGCGUCACCAUGGAAACACAGACCCUGUGCAGGGUUUUAGUGACGCCUCUGUGACAGAGGUGUAGUCCCCCACACAUCCACAGGGUGGCGUGUUUUGCCGCGUCUGCAUGCAGUAUUAAUGCUGUGAUUUUCAAUAGCCAAUAGAUUCCCUGUGAUAUAACACAGCAUUAUUAUUUUAGUUGGUUCCCAUGUGCCGUUCAGCAUGUGACUCUCCACCGUCUGACACUGAAGCCAAAGAGGACAGUCAGUUACCAAGGAAAUUCGCAGGAAGUGGAACUCAGGCCCGUAGACCAGUGCUGGGUAAUUUACUUCGUAACCAAGUUCUCUGCACGGCAAAAUUCCAUGAUAUGAAUACUUACGAAUCCUUUCUUUAAUCGUUUCUAAUCAAUAUUUUGUACUUUUUAAAUAUUUUGUAUCUCUGUUGGGUCUUUGGUUUAAUGCAUUUACGUUUACGGUUCUGAAAGGUUUCCUUUCACCAUACACGAGGUAAAAAUAUUUUAUAAUUGCUGUAUUUUAUGAAUUUGUUGCAUACGUUUCAAAUAAAGCUUUGAAUCUCA